AUGGAGCAAGUUGGAUUCUUAGAAGGCAUUGAACCAUUUUUGGCUAAAUCUUGUAAUGGGGUGCAAGGAAGGUUUAUGUGUAUGGCAUGGAGGAGGGUGUUCGAUAUCCAAGAGAUUGUCUAUAAAGAGUUGGUGGUCGAAUUCUUAGCAACGGUUUCAUUUCGAAGGAAAAUUGGUGCGCUCGAGAACGGAAAUGUUACAUUUUGUCUUGGAGGAGAAAGGCGAGAGCUAAGCCUUGCCGAGCUCGCCAUGAGGACGGAGAUUUAUCUCCCAAUUGAAUUCCAUACAAACUCUUAUUUGGAGUUUAUUACCGGUAGCAUCCACACCACUGAUGGGUUCAAAAAUGCUACUUAUUUGCCAACCAUUGAAAAUGGCACAUACCACAAGGGCUGUAAACGGUUUGCAUCCUUUGAAGAUUUGAAGGCUGUUCUUGGUGUUCUUGAGGAAAAACUUGAAGAUUUGAAGGUUUGA